AUGUUCAAGCCUGUGCAGUUCUCGGAUAGCACCACUGCACCAAGUUCAGACUCAGAAGUCGAACCCCUAGAAAGUCACCAGUCCGAGCACCAAAAACACGUCCGCCUGGACGUUGGUUCAGAAAACUCUCCUCCCAUAUCACCAAAUGCACCUGAGAAUGGCCUACCAGAAUUCCAGAAGCGUCCUUUGAGUGAUACGCCCGUCGGGUCAUACUGGAAUUCACCCAGUGAUUCGCAAGAGACUUCGAGCGACUCUACUCCUAUUCCAUCACCCCACGGUAGCUCCAGCAACCUGCGCCAGUUCGAAACAGCUUUAGGAGAGGAUGGUGAAUCAAAAACAUCUAACAACAGUCAUUUUAUACAUCCUAAAGUGAGGCCUACUACCAUCGAUGUGCCCGGCUUAACAAAAUCCAGAACAUCGCCUGAUGGUACCAUCUCCAACAAAGACCCAGGCUCAAAGCUCGUCAUUGUAAUGGUUGGACUACCUGCUACAGGGAAGUCAUUUAUCACAAAUAAGCUUUCUCGAUUUUUGAAUUAUUCCAUGUACUACUGCAAAGUCUUCAAUGUUGGCAACACACGCCGGCAGUUUGCAAAAGAGCAUAAUCUACAAGACCAAGACUCAAACUUCUUCGAUCCAAACAACCCUGAAAGCAAGAAGCUACGGGAGAAAUGGGCAAUGGAUACCUUAGAUCAGCUUUUGGACUACCUGCUAGACGGUCCUGGUUCUGUAGGUAUAUUCGAUGCGACCAACUCCACCAAGAACCGACGCAAAAAAGUCUUGGAAAAAAUUUAUUCCAGGAACAACCAGAUCAAAGUGCUCUAUUUGGAAAGUGUUUGCUCUGACAAGACAACAGUUGAGAAAAAUAUCCAGCUCAAGCUUUUUGGGCCAGACUACAAAGGCAAAGAUCCCGAAGCUUCCCUACAGGACUUUAAAGAAAGGCUCUCGAAUUAUGUGAGAGCCUAUGAACCUGUUGAGGACGAUGAAGACCUUCAAUAUAUUAAAAUGAUUGACGUUGGAAAAAAAGUCAUUUCAUAUAAUAUACAGGGCUUCCUUGCAUCACAGACAGUUUACUAUCUAUUGAAUUUCAAUUUGGCAGAGAGGCAGAUAUGGAUUACAAGAAACGGUGAAAGUGAGUACAACGUUCAAGGAAAAAUAGGUGGAGACUCAGAUUUAACGCUACGAGGGAAGCGUUAUGCACAAGCUUUGUCCAGAUUUAUUGACAAGCAAAGAAUAAGUUUUACGGAGCACGAAAUGAAGGCACACAUGGAGAGCAACCCAGACGGUAAAAACUUCAGUGCUACCGAAUUUUUCGUUUGGACCUCGAUGUUGAAUCGAGCUGUGCAAACGGGCAAUUACUUCAAUGAAGAUGAUUAUCCCAUCAAGCAAAUGCGUAUGUUGGAUGAAUUAAGUGCUGGUGAUUGCGAAGGCCUGACUUAUGCUGAAAUUCAAGCAAAGCACCCUGACGAAUUUGAGGAAAGAUUGAACGACAAGCUAAGAUAUAGAUAUCCAGGUAUCGGCGGGGAGUCAUACAUGGACGUUAUCAAUCGUUUGAGACCAGUGAUUACCGAAAUCGAAAGAAUCAAAGAAAACUUAUUGAUAGUCACGCACCGCGUCGUGGCGCGCGUGUUACUAGGAUAUUUUUUGAAUUUAAGCAGAGACAUCAUAGCCAAUCUCGAUGUUCCUCUUCACUGUGUUUAUUGCCUGGAGCCUAAACCAUAUGGGGUUACUUGGUCUCUAUAUGAGUAUGACGAGAGCACAGAUGAUUUCUUCAAAGUCCCUCACACAGAGCUCAACACCAUGAAAGUCAAAGAGGUCGGACUAGUCCACUCUGAAAGACGCUACUCAAUUGUUCCAACUGCUCCCCCAAGUGUUGCGAACACAAAAGGUGAAUUCUUGGCCAAUAACGCUAGCUCCACGAGUCUGGCCAAAACAGCCUUGCCAAGGCUUCCAGUUGUUGGCGGUGGAACAUCUAUUGCGCGACCAGGUAGAAGACCACAGUUGAUUUCAGCAACUUCAAGCAGGUUUGCAAGGAACAAUUCAAACAAUAAAGACGGGGCGAGCGAAAGGUCUAUUUCAACCCCGCCGCUAACAGGUGGACGUAAAGAGAUUGAAUUAAACAAACUUAACGAAAAGCUGGCUCAACUGAAUGCAUCCGAAAGCAAGGAAAAUACAGGAUCCAAACCGGUUAUGAGCAGAAGCCAGAGCGAACUUUAG